AUUGGGAGCUUGCGUAUCCCCGAGUCGGCACAUCGGAAGCGCCGCGAUGGGCCCGGGCUGAGCCGCCCGCCGACGGAAGGGCAGCGCGGCCCGGGAUGGAAGGGCCAGCGCAGCGGGGCUCCGAAGCGGAGCUGGGCCCCGAGGCGGUGCUGCGCUUUCUAGCGGAGCGCGGGGGCCGGGCCCGGCACGCCGAGCUAGUGCAGCACUUCAGGGGCGCCCUGGGCGGCGAACCCGAGCAGCGCGCCCGUGCCCGUGCCCACUUCAAGGAGCUGGUCAACGCGGUGGCCACGGUGCGCACCGACCCCGCCGACGGCGCCAAGUACGUGCACCUCAAGAAGAGGUUCUGCGUGGGGCCCCCGCCGCCCGCGGACCCGCCGCGCACCUCGAUGACCGCCGAGCCCGCGGCCACCGAUGACCCGGCCGGGCCUGGGGGGAGCGGUCCGCGCCCCGAGGCGCCGGCCCCCGGGGCGCCCCCCGUGCAGGGCCAAGAGCCGGGCGCUGAGAAUCCCGGGCGGCCCCAAAGAGGCGCCUCCCGGAGGAAGAGCUCGCGGCGCGACGUGCAGCCCCUGCCCCGGGAGCCGACCCCCGGGCCCAGCGCGGACCUGGAGCCCGCGCCCCACGGCUGCAACGAUGCGGACGCGGGCUGCUCCCCCGGGGGUGCCGCCGCCCCGAGGUCUGCUCGCCAGAACUUUCGCGACCUGGCGACCGGCAGCUCCCCGCAGCUGAGGAGAAGCGUCGGUCCCGAGGGCAGCAGCCCCGGAAGCUCCUCCGGGGGAGGGCGCGGCCGGAGCGGAGGCGACUCGGACAGCGCGUCGGUGGCUUCGUCGUCCGCGGAGGAGGAGAGCAGCAGCGGGGGCUCGGUGACCCUGGACCCUCUGGAGCACGCCUGGAUGCUCUCGGCCUCCGACGGCAAGUGGGACAGCCUGGAAGGGUUGCUCACCUGUGAGCCCGGCCUGCUGGCCAAGCGGGACUUCAUCACCGGCUUCACUUGCCUGCACUGGGCCGCCAAGCACGGCAGGCAGGAGCUCCUGGCCAUGCUCGUCAACUUCGCCAGCAAGCACCAGCUGCCGGUGAACAUCAACGCCAGGACGAGCGGGGGCUACACCGCCCUGCACUUGGCAGCCAUGCACGGGCACGUGGAGGUGGUGAAGUUGCUGGUGGGGGCUUACGACGCAGACGUGGACAUCAGGGACUACAGUGGGAAAAAGGCCUCUCAGUACCUGAGUCAGAGCAUCGCGGAGGAGAUCAGGAGCCUGGUGGGAGCCCCAGACGAGGACGACGCGGAGAGCGUCGCCGGCAGCGGGGGUGGGCGCUGGAGGCUUUCAAAGGUGCUCCCGUCGCAUCUCAUCACCUACAAACUCUCGCACGUCCUGGAGGAUGGGGGGGACCACCACCACCACCACCACCACCUCCACCACCUCCACCACCUCCACCUCCACCUGGCUGAGGGAUGGGCCGGAGGCAAAGCCAAGGAUCCAGGUCGCAAAGCCUCGGGAGGCUCUAGUGGGCGGAUAAAACCAAGACUGAACAAAAUCCGCUUCCGUACCCAGAUCAUCCACACCACACCCUCUUUCAGGGACCCGGAGCAGCCGCUGGAGGAGGGGGAGGAGGAAGAGGAGGAACGGUCACUUAAAGGCCACUCAUCCUCAUUCAAAUUGAGACCGAAGUCCAAUGUAUUUGGGUAAAAAUAAUUUCUUUUAGAAAGUGCUAAGGUUUAUUUGUCUUCAGGAAUAGAAUGUUAGGUUUGAUUAAAGAAGUGAGACCAGAAAAGACUGAGAGGCUAAACUAUGCAUUCUUACUCGAGGGGUUGGAAUGGGUGGGGAGGAGUUUCCUUCAGGCUCGCAUUCUGGGAGAAGUGGAUUUCUUUUUAAGGGAUUCAUCACGCAGGACCUCUGCCUCUUUUCCCCAUUGCUCCUCUCUGCGGUGGAGUCCCUGUUUGUGAGGACUGGAAAUGUACCUAAAUUGGGGGAACAGAAUUGAUGACCUAGGGUUCCUUUGCUUUAACCAUUACUGGAUACCAUACAAAGUAAGGAGUACUGUAAGGAGUAUCUGUUUUUAUAAUUGAUCACUCUUCCAAGAACAACAGAAAAUGCAAAUUUUAAUGAAAUUGGUAUUUGUAAGUGAACAAAACUACAUGCUGCCCUGUUUUUUCACUAAUUGCAUUCACUUUUUGAGGUACUACUGAAGGUCGAGUCAGAGUUGAAAUGCAAAAGUACUUGCUUAGAGAAUAAUGUGAAUAAAAAUAGGAAUCCUGUUGGUACCCUAUUUGUAAUGUAAGUUCAAUUAUUUUUUAAUAAAAGCAAUUUCAGUUUUAAUCACUGAACUAGAGAGGUAGGCAACAGUCACUUUUGAGUUAAUCUGUAGUAUGGUUUUCACCUAUCUUUAACACCACUGCACUCAUUGUUAAGGUACAUACUAAACGAAUUUUUAUUUAAAGAAAAGAAUACUUUUAGCAUCCUAUGGUACUUUUAAACAAAAUAUUGCCUGUCGUUAUUCUCACUAACUUACUAUUCUAAAAGUCUAAGUUUGCUGGGGUUUUUAUUCUGGGGAUCAGGUAACCAUUGGUUCUAUUUGGCAUAACUUUAUUUAAUGGUGCUUAGAGCUGAAUUACCUACAGAAACUGUUUCUAGUUUAGACAGCAAAAAUUGACAUAAAUAUUAAUGAGCCUGUGCUUCUGUGAAGUAAUUAUUAAACGAACUUAAUGAUUCUCAUAUAAGAGAGACUUUUUAUUUUUCCAGUACCUUGUGGCCUCUAGGCUUUGUACCAACCUUUUGCAGAAGUUUAAAGUGCUAAGUCCUUUUGAUUUUCCAAUGUUUCCUUGAAUAUAUUAGAUACAUAUGGUGUAGUUACUGAAAAGCUGGGUAGUAAAUCUACCCAGUUAAAAAUGGCACUUUGUAAAAAAGAGAAGAAAGAGGUGGGACUGUUUUCUACAUUUAAAUGCUGCUGGCUAUUGAAUUUCUUUGUGUAUAAAUGAAAAAUAUCACUCACUAAAAUUAAAGACUUGUUUAAGUGUGGU